UUUGGCUUAGGAAUCUUUUCAUUGAAUCGUUGAUGAUGAAUAAGAAUCACAAUUCAUUCAGGACUCUGGAAUUAUUAUUAACUCCGAAUGGACACUGAUGGAGGAGUUGAGCUUGACCGAUCCAUUGGGCGAACUCUUACCAUCGUUAAAAAAUGUGAAACGAAUAUUGUCCGUAUGGCAGACAAUUUAUGCAAAAACAUCAAAAAAAAAAAUAUUGAGGAAUCCUAAAUUAAACAAACAAACACAUGCGUGUUCUAUGCAGAAUCGAUUUUUCUCGUUUGUUUGUUCGUCCUGUUCACUGAUGCUGUAACUAUAUGAGUUGGUUGCAUUCAUUUAAUUUUUUUAUGGAUGAUGAUGUCGUUGACUUGUGUUUAUUUAUUGUGGUUGAUAACGACAAUCAUAAUGAAUCAAAAUGGAUCAAAUAAAAAUGGGCGAGGCACGAAUAUAUUUAACAAUCAUUUGCUAUACUUAUAUAUAGUGGGUUGUCCGAAAUUGUUGGCGCCAAUGACGAAUAUUUCGUUUUUUUUUGUGUUUGUGUGUGUGUGUGUGUGUGACUAUUUACAUUCCACGGAUAAUCAUUUGGUUUCAAAAAAAUUUAAUAAUUUCUUUAUUGUUGUUGGUCCAGAAUUUCAUUGAUGAAAUAGAAAGCAAUCUUUAUUAAAUUACUAUAUCUGUAUUCGAUGAUUUGUGAAAUAUGUUUGUGUUGCUUUCACUAACGUUGGGCUGAAUAGGAGUAUUGCUUGUGAUUUGUGAUGAGUCAGUGUUGUGUGCGUAGAGAAAAAACAUUCUCUGGACGAUUGGAGAUGGCCAUUUUAUGCAGAUAAUUGCUCAAUCUCACGAAAUGGCAAUUUCAUUCAUUCAUUCAUCAUUUCUUCUAUAGCGAAAUUUAUCGAAAUUUCACACCCAUAAAUCUCGUUAUUUAUAAAUUAAAUUAAAUCAAAUUAAAAUUGCAAGAUUGGAAGUAAAAAAUUUAAAAGCCAAAUUUGCAAACAAUGUAUGUUGUAAAUAGUAAAUGUUGUUAGCCGCGUUGAUCAUGAUGGUCACAAUUUUUUCGUUUGCAUCGUUGAACGAACCGGAGAACAACAAGAAUCACUAUGUUUGCUGGCAAAAUCGUGUAGAUUUCAUUGUCCAAUUUGAGAAUGGACGGAUAUUUGCUUUUCGUCAUGAUAAACUAUGGCCUCUAAAAAUCUAUGAAAAUUAUCUCUAUUCAUCGAUGAUUCCAUAUUCAUUGCAGGCAAUAUUUCCUGGUUUACCAAACGACAUACCGAUGGCAUUUACGAUGCCCUUAAUUGAUGAUCGAAUGCAUGAUCAUCUGUUUGCCAUACCCGGUUUGACAAUGUUUGUGGAUCCGCCCAAAUAUUACCUAUACCAUAAUUGGAAAUGGAAUCUUACCGAUACGAUGCAAUAUUGGGAAACCGGACCAUUCAUGGAUAAUCGUUUUACGGCAACAAUGCAUAAUGCGAGUUUGUUACUAAUCGCUAAAAAUGGAGUCAUUCCAGAUGGAAUCAAAAAAGUCAUCGGUGGUCAGGUAUUUCUAUUCGAUUCGGAUCGAUUUCCCGAAUGGGUUGGUGUAUUCGAAAUUGCCAACAAAUACAAACAAGGUUUGGAUUGGCUACGACUUAGCCAACUGAUACCUAUCAAUCCUGGUUACCAUCAUUCACGAUCUAAUUACCUGGCCAUAUUUGAUUAUGGACCAACUAAUGGUCACUAUUAUUGUAUCACACAGAUCGAUAAUGAUCAAUGUUUGAAUGACAAAUGCCAUCUUCGUCCAUUAUCCAGUGUAAUUCAAUGUCCAGACCGAAUUGAUCGGCUGAAAUCAAAAGAUUCAUUAUACAGAUUAUGGCAUUUGAGUGGUGGUUGGCCCUUACCAAUCAUUAUAAUCGUAUCUUCUGGUCUAGCAAUGGCUAUGUUAAUUUUCAACCUUAUCCAAUUGAUCAAUUCUGUUUAUCUUGUCCUAACAAUGACACGGUUCGGUACUACUUGGGUGAAAUGUCAACCAUCAACAACAAAAUUAUCAUUAACAUCACUAUCUUCAAGCAUUAAUGAGGGAUAUUCAAGUAUCUUUGGAUGAAAUAAACAUGAACAUAUAUCAUCAUAUAAUAUAA